AUGUCGAUGGAAGGCCCUCUCAGCUCCGCAGAAUCCAGCAUUCACGAAAUUGUCACCCUCGUCGCCAACUAUCGAACAGAUGAGGCCCUGGCUCGUUCCCAGAUCGCAGUCCUACAGAAACAGUGGGAGGAUCUACGUCGAGACCAGGAUGGCUUACGACAACAACAGGAAGAAAUGAAGCGCCAGCAAGAAUACUUCCGACAACAGCAGGAGGUAGCCAGGCGUCAGGAGGAGGUAUACCGGAAACAGCAGGAAGUUCUGCGCUCACAGGAGGACGUGUUAAGACAGCAGGAGAUGGCCGUUUUUCGACAGUUGGUGGAUGGUCGUGUGCUACUAGAUCAAGCCCCUUUGUCGCUGCAGCGGGCGUUGUACAGUGCACAAAGCCGUGCUGCAGAAUACAAGAAUCGUUCAGCACUUGUACAUUUGCUACCGACGGAGAUUGUCUCUGAGAUUUUCCUCACGGGUCAGCACCUUCAGUUGUAUGACCCAAAGUGGAAGUCUGAGAAGGUACGCUUUGAGAUACUUGUCUCUCAUGUUUCCAGAGAAUGGCGCGCGAUUGCCCUUGGCACGGCGAAUCUCUGGAAAUCUGCCUCUGUCUUUCUCGACGAGCCCGAGAGGAUACACGCGUACUUGAGCCGCUCUGCGGAGGCGUUGCUCGAACUCAAUUUGCUUUCACGCAUUGAAACGUCCGCAGAUGAGUUGCGGUGCAUUUGGUCGGUCCUGAUUGCCCCGCACCUGCACCGAGUUGAAUCCCUUUCUUUCAUUUACCGCUGCCCAUUGCAGCUCAAAGAAACUCUCCAAUUGCUAUCUGAAGCUUGUCUUCCCUCUCUCGUUCAUCUCAGUGUUGAUUGCCCGAGCGCGGCGGAGUAUUUUGACAUUCACAGGGUAGAGGGAUUCAACAUGCUAGCCGGAGGCGCCCCUAAACUCUCUUCUCUAAGGCUGAACGCUAUUUUACCUGAGGAGGGGUCGACGUAUCUCUCAUCCAUUCGUACCCUCGCCUUGACAUUGCCACCGUCUACCAGGCAUUCCCAAUUUACGUCGACGCAACACAUUUACUCACUCUUACCCUCAUUCAUACAUCUUACCACCCUCUCAGUCGACAACUGGCUGCCCGAAGGCCCCCGCCGAAGAGUCACCCUCCCAAAUCUCCUGUGCUUCAAGUAUGGCUCGUUCAACAGAACAGAUAUUCCAGACAUAGACGCUUUACGCGACUUCCUCACCACGAUCAUAAUGCCUAAAGUGAAAUCUUUUAUCUUUGAAUUUGAAACUGGCAUGGCAGUCGUAGAGCUAUUCAGACGCCUAGGUUCCGAAACCCACCAGGAAUUCCUUCACCUUCGGGACCUUGUCUUCGUUUCACAAGAAUUGAUGUCGACGGAAGUUAACCCCUUGCGGGAUCGUGUCGUUCGUGUGCCGAGUGUCUCUAAUCCGUUCGAAUACGUCGAGAAUCUCUCCCUAGUCAAUCUUUCCAAUACCGACGUCACACUCGCGCCUAUUUUAGGUGUCGAAGAUACCAACAAUUCAACUUCAUUUCCCCGUCUACCGAAUCUUAAGAACCUUACCGUCGGGUAUCCAUUCUUGACUCCUCCGAUGCUGCGUGGUAUUCUAGGCAAACGGGAGGCUAUGGGCCAGCCGAUACCCGGACUUUGCGUCCCCGAUUCUUUCAUUAACGAUGUGACGGUCUUUGGGAGCCCCCAAGACAUCAAAUUGUUCCAUGGCCAGACUCAUGUGAACAUGGAACGAUUCGACCCCGGCGAGUUUUUCGCGUCGCUUGAAGUGCUUCCCCUUGGAGAAGCGGAGACGAAGGCUAUAACCCGCAUGGGCAAUAGGUAUGCGAGAUGGCAUCCUUUGUGGCAGGUUAACGUUGGUCAAAGCCAAACGUGA